GUCGUGUGUGUGUGUGUGUGUGUGUGUGUUGAUGGUGGCGGUGGAGGCUGGGAGGAAUCUGCUGAUCCGACAUUUCGCAAGGACCGGACUCCCAGCGCCCCGGGGAACAUGGUGUUAGGGGACAGAAGAGUCCAGGACAAAGGACCGUAAAUUUAAAAGCUAUCCAGAAGUGAUGUCAGAAAGCAUUUCUUCACAGAAAAGUUUUUUUGAGUAUUUUCUAUAAAUGGACCCCAGCACCAUGUCAUUUAUUGAAGGAGUUGGUGAUGAAGUCACAGUCCUGUGUGGAAUAGUCUUCCUGGUACUGGCACUUGUUCUCGCCUGGCUCUCCACACAUGUUGCUGAUCGUAGUGAUCAAAUAUUUGGGACCAUUGUUACCACAGGGAACUCGUCGUUAGUGGGGCUGAGCAGUGUAGAGCGGUACGUGGCAAAUGCAGCAACACCUGAGACAGAUGAAGCCCAGUCAGCAACUGCCCCUGCUGAGCAAAAGCCAGAGGAAGAAAAUGAUUCUGGGCUUGGAGCAUCACCUGGAAAUAAUGGACCCACCAAUGAGCAGGUGCCAAUUGAAGGGGCUUCCAGUUUAACCGACGCGAAUAUCGAUCCUCUUUUGAACAUACAGGGUUUGCGCAAGCGAGCAUCAGCCAGUGAGAUCAGUACUGGAGAGGUACUGGAUCCUGGAAUGCUUGAGAACUGUAAUGCUCAUGCACGUGUUGAAGAGGGCGAAGGGCAAAUUAAAGUGAGGCUGAAGUUUUUAAAUGACACCGAAGAGGUAGCACGAGUAAAACCUGAUGAUACCAUUGGAUUUCUGAAGAGCAAAUAUUUCCCAGGACGAGAGCAGCAAAUGAAGUUCAUUUACCAAGGCCAGCUUCUGCAAGAUCAGUCCCGCACUCUUGGAUCGCUUAACAUCACAGAUAACUGCGUCAUUCAUUGUCACAUUUCACAAACUUCAUCCUCCCCCAGCCCUGCUGUUUCUUCAAUGGUGGAGCAGAACCAAGCUGCCCUUAAUGUUGGUAAUCUGAUGAUCCCAGUUUUUGUCAUCAUGCUUGCUGUAGUCUGGUACUACCGCAUCAACUACCGCCAGUUCUUCACUGCACCAGCCACUGUUUCCCUGGUUGGUGUUACUGUUUUCUUCAGUUUUCUUGUGUUUGGCAUUUAUGGUCGAUAAAGGCACAGUAAUAUUUUCCCAUUCUUCAUCAUUGCUUAUCCAACCCAACUGAAUGUGGUGUUACUGGUCAAUGUUGAAAUAAGAUGUGAUGUGGAAUCAGUGUAAUUUUUUUAAACAAAAGUAAAAUAGAGAUCCGGCUUAGCACUGAUUUUUGCCAGAAUACCAUGCUGUUGGCAACUCACUGGCAUUUAAUAGAAAUUUUAAAAUAAAGUCUAGCUAGGAAAAUGAUCGCAAUUAGUAGAAUUUGUCAUGGGAAAUUUUACUGUUGAAUUAUAAAGGGAUAAGGUAACAUUGAGCCAAAAAACAUUUCAUACAGCCAAAUCCUGUUAAAUGCAAAUGUAAGUGUCCUCCAAAAGAAAGUUUAAGGAUCUGUUAAUAUAGAUCAGGUCUUGCAUUCAGUGAAUAUUAAAUUGCCAAUAUGAAAAUUCAAAUCCAUGAGUUAUUGUCUUUGAAUAUCAGAAAUAUCAAGGCCUUACAACAUUGAAAGUAGGUAAGAUUAGAUUUUUCAUUGUGGCAGCCAGUCAAAAUUCUAUCACGGGUCAAGUAUACAUUUAUCUGGACUUACUAUAUUUACAGUUUCAGUAGUUAUCUUGUAAGGCCUGAAGAUUUUUAAGAUGUGACUGUUACUGUAAAACAUACGAAAUCAUUGUACUAACAGGCAAAACCUUGUUAAGUGGACAAAGGUGUUAUUUCAUGUCACAUUAUUACAUUGGUUUCCAAAAGCCAGGGAGAUGGAGUCUAAUGCUAUAGUAAAAGUUGGAUAUUUCUGUCCACAGUCGCCUUUAUUAAUGGCAGUUGGCAAAGGAGCUCAACAAAUGAUCAAUUCUACGAGUUUUACCCCCUGAUUUUUUGAAUGUCAGGCUAUGUAAUAUUUACAUGAUUUUUAUAAAUGCUUGAUCAUAAGGUGUAGCAAUCAUUGUAUUUGCAUUAGUGUAUUGAGAUGUGUCCAAUCUCUGGUUUGUUCCAUGACUGCUUUCCUGAUCAUGUAUCAUGUUAUCCUAAAGGUGACAUUGUACUACUGCUGUUAAAGUUCAGAGGGAAAGUGGGGAGAGUAGAUAGCCAAUGCACAAAUUAGACUGCCUUUUGGAGAAGUUCUACAACCAGAAAAAAAACAGCAAAUUUUAAAAACAGAUUAGUAGGAAAGGAAGUUGUUUAAUUAUCAGAGGUGAGACUUUUACAAAGAAUACUGGGAUUCAAACUGAGAAAUCUAGCAUAGAGCUUUAAAAAGAAUAAAACAGCAGCAGAGAUUUAGUUAGAAUGCCUGUCACAAAAUUUAAAUCUGCACCUUGUGUGGUGCAAUGUUGUAGAAAGGUGUAAUUUGUCUAAAUUUAUAGUGUGGGUUAUACAUGCUUCUCAGGAGUCCCCUUUCACUGAGUCUAAAGCUACACGGGUUGCAGCAAAUAUUGGCUGAAAUGAGUGAUGCUUAGUUUAUUAUUCAGACUUCAUGUACUUUAUAUUAAAUUAAGUCUUCAUUAAGAGUUGUAUAUUUGGGAGAUAUUUUUUCAAUAAAAGACUGGUAUGAGCCCAAGUUAGAGUGAGGAUAAAGUAAAAAUUAACAACUCAGAAAAGGGAGAGUACAGAUGCAGAAACCCUGUGUGUAGAUGGUUGCAGAAGAGUAUGCUAAAAACAAGCAUAGCCCUUCAUGUAGAGGUCUUGAUACUCCUUGGUAUCUGGAAGAAAUGUGGGGUGGUGAUGUGUGGCUGUGCAAUGACAUGAAAUAUAAUAUGGAGGUAUUCAAGAGAGAAGAGUUGUAGCUGUGAAUUGGGGAGUAUGGUGGUUUCCUGAAAAGAGAUGCAUGGAGAGAGUUGCCACUAUCUCUGCUGCUUUUAUAGUUUUUUUUAAUCAUUUGUGCCUUCAAGAUUUUAAAAUAUUGCUGACAUUUAUUUUUCAGAUCUGUAGAACAGACCUGUAUUGUGCUGAAAGUAGGGCACUAGAUUAUUGGAUUUAAAAUCUGUAACUUUUCUGAAAUGUUCUCCCUUUGUUUCAUGAUAACAGCUCAUUGAAUGUAAUUAAAUAUAGAAACCA